UCUGGAAUUGGUGAAAACAGUUUUGAAUUGGUGAAUUCUGGACAUGUCCUGGGAUGAGUUGAUUCUUUUCAAUCAAAGGACUCAGGGCCUGCAAGACCCCAAUGCCGACUACUUUCAGUCGUACGCCCGUUUGGAGACGCACAUAACCAUGCUGAGGGAUUCGGUUCGCACCCAGGCCUUUCGCGAUGCCAUCUUCCAGAAUAGUGCUCUCUUCCAGGACAAGGUCGUCCUGGAUGUGGGAUGUGGCACUGGUAUACUAUCCCUGUUUGCUGCCAAAGCAGGAGCCCGUAAAGUUAUAGCUGUGGAGUGCACGGAUAUUGCAGAUGUCGCCAGUGAAAUUGUGAGGGAUAAUCAAAUGGAAGAUGUGGUGAAAGUGGUCAAGGGAUUGGUGGAGCAGGUGGAACUACCCGAUGGCAUUCAGCAGGUGGACAUCAUAUUGUCCGAGUGGAUGGGCUACGCUCUUUAUAUGGAGUGCAUGCUGAAUUCGGUGCUAUUUGCCCGGGAUAAAUGGCUUUCCCGCCGCGGUCUAAUCCUGCCCAGCAUUGGAAAUCUCUGGUUGAUUGGCGCCCAUGAUCCGCAUAGGUUCGCAAAUCUGAACUUUUGGCAUAAUGUCGAAGGCUUCGAUAUGGUCUGUGUUCGGAAGCCAUUUUCCCGGCAGCCCCUGGUGGAUUGUGUGCCCAUCCAGCAAUUGCUCACCGACGAGUGCUUCAUCCACUCCACUCAGCUGAAUUUUGCCCGCAAUGAGCCCGUGGUCUUUUGCUCCAAUUUCCAGCUGACUGUGCGGCGAGCUGGGAUCAUCAACAUGUUGGUCCUGUACUUCGAUGUGGGUUUUCCGGCGGGGAAAUCGGAAAAACCAGUGACCUUAUCCACCUCGCCGCGAUCGUCGUGGACGCACUGGGAGCAGACGCUGCUCCACCUGGAUGAACCACUUUUCGUGAAGCCCAAUGAUCGGGUGCGCGGAAAACUGGCCAUGAUGCCCAGUGGGCUGGACGGGCGCUCCAUGAACUUUGACCUCAACAUCAGUUUUCGGGGCGAUCGGACGCGGGUGGAGAGCUUCAAGAGCUUCAGUUCGACGGGACAUUAUUCGCCCUGAUCAACUG